AUAAAGUGUGAUAAAGCUUAGCUUGAUAAUGUAUAUUAGUGCUUGUACGGACAAUUAACUUUCAUAUUUGAUAUAUUCAUCUUUCUUCGGAGCUAAGAAACCGUACACUUUCUGUUUGCUUUUUGUGGGUUUCUUUUGAAGGUUGAAAGUUGAAGUGAGCUUCUAAUUGUGUAUGUUUGCAACAGAUAUUCAGAGGAACGAUAGGAGGUAUAGGUUCAAGUGAGUAGAGUAUUGAGUAUUGAUUAAAAAAGAUAUGGGUUUCAUUGAUAUUGUGUUUCAAUGGUCUCUUGAAGACAUAUUCAACGAUAACCUUUAUAAGGAUCAGGUGGAAAUAAUUCCAGUUUCAUUUCAGUCGGUGGAACAAUAUUUUGGGUCAUAUCUUUUGCCUUUGUUGGACGAGACACGCGCAGCAUUGCGCUCAUCUAUGGAAGUUAUAGCUAGAGCACCAUACGCCGAAGUGACAUAUCUUAAUGAGUCAAAGUCACGUGGAACAUUGCUGCUUGAUGUGAAUGUUGAUUACUGGAGAAACAGGUUCAGUGAUCGUGAGAAGAAACCAUACAAAACAUUGCCUGGAGAUGUUUUUGUCAUAGCAAAUGUGAAACCUGAAACUGCUUCUGAUUUACAAAGGGUAGGAGGAAGAACCUGGAUUUUUGCCCUACACAAAUAUUCAAGAGAUGAUGAUAAGGAUAAUAGCUCAUCUACUUCCUUCAAAGUGAAAGUACUGGAAGACUUUGUUUCUAAAGAUGAAGCGCAGAAAUCACUAUUUGUAGUUCAUUUGACAAAUCUAACCACAAACACACGAAUAUGGAGUGCACUGCACAUGGAAAGAAACUUAAAGAUUAUCAAAGAGGUUUUGCACGCCGAUUCCAUGGUAGCAGAAAGCUGCAGUCUCUGUUCCUCAGAUAUUGGUGGAAACUGGAAUGAGAUUUUUCUGAAAAACUUGCUAUCUAAACUGAAUGAAUCUCAAAAGAAGUCGCUUGUUGGUUGUCUCAACAAAAUGUUGUGCAAUCACAAGUCUCAUGUGGAACUUAUUUGGGGUCCACCAGGAACUGGGAAAACUAAAACUGUUAGUGUGCUGCUGUUUGCUCUGUUGAGGAUGAAGUACAGAACACUUGCUUGCGCCCCGACAAAUAUUGCAAUUACAGAAGUAGUUGCACGUGUCUUAAAGCUGGUAAAAGAAGCUAAGAAAGCAUGCUCUGUAGCUGAUGAUCAGUUUUGUUCGUUGGGAGACAUCCUCUUAUUUGGCAGUAAAGAGAGACUUAAAGUUGAUUCUGAGAUUGAAGAAGUAUUUCUGGAUUAUCGUGUAAAAAGGCUUACAGAGUGCUUUGGGCCACUAGGUUGGUGGCACUGCUUUACUUCAAUGAUUACUUUUCUUGAAGAUUGUGUUCCUCAGUACCAUAUUUUCUUAGAAAAUGAAUCAACCAAAAAGCAGGAACAUGCUAGUGAAGAUGAAAACCAGGAGAAAGGAUGUUGCAGUGAAACUGAUGAUAAGAAGGGGAUACACAAAUCAUUUCUUGAAUAUGCAAGAGAAAGAUUUGCCACUACUGCAUUACCACUGAGAAGAUGUGUGUCAAUUUUACACACUCAUAUACCCAAAAUCUACUUUCAGGCACAUAAUUUCAAAGACCUUGAAACUCUUUCAGGCCUGCUCAAUUCAUUAGAUACAUGCCUGUUUUUUGAUGGUUUAGCUUCUGAAGAAGUGGAGGAGCUCCUUUUACGUUCAAAAGAUGAUAAAUUGCUUCCCCAAAAUCUUUGUGAUCCAUCUCGCUUGUUGUGCUCAAUAAGAAGCCAGUGUCUUUCGGUUUUGAGAAGGCUCCGUGAUUCUCUUGGUCAACUUAAACUGCCACGUGCAAGGAACAAAGAUUCCUUAGUACAGUUCUGCUUUCAAACAGCUUCUUUAUUCUUUUCCACUGCAUGCAAUUCUUAUAAACUAUAUAAACUGAAAAUGAAACCACUGAAUGUGUUGGUAAUAGAUGAAGCAGCGCAGUUGAAAGAAUGUGAAUCAGCCAUACCCAUGCAACUGCCGGGUAUUGUACAUUCAAUUCUUAUUGGUGACGAAUGGCAAUUGCCUGCCACAGUUCAAAGCAAUGUUUCUAAUGAAGCUGGCUUUGGAAGAAGUUUAUUCCAAAGGUUGACUACUUUGGGUCAUUCAAAGCACCUACUGAAUAUUCAGUACAGAAUGCAUCCAUCAAUCAGUUUAUUUCCAAAUGCGUGUUUCUAUAAUAAAAGGAUCUUGGAUGCAGCUGGUGUUAAGCAUAAGAGUUACGAGAAACAUUAUCUUCCGUGGCCUAUGUUUGGCCCCUAUUCCUUUAUAAAUGUCUCUGGAAGAGAAGAAAAGGAUGAUGCUGGGAGUAGCCACAGAAAUAUGGUUGAGGUAGCCCUUGUGCAGAGAUUGGUGCAAACUCUGUUCAAAGCAUGGAAUAGCUCAAGAGAGAGGCUCAGCGUUGGCAUAAUUUCUCCCUAUGCUGCUCAAGUUGUCGCGAUUCAGGAGAAACUUGGUAGGAAAUAUGAGAAAACUGAUGGCUUUGCAGUGAAGGUGAAGUCAGUUGAUGGGUUCCAGGGUGGUGAAGAAGAUAUUAUAAUAAUAUCAACUGUGAGAUCCAAUAGUUCAGGAGCACUUGGUUUUGUAUCCAAUGCUCAAAGAACUAAUGUUGCUCUUACGAGGGCUAGGCACUGCCUCUGGAUUUUGGGGGAUGGAAGAACACUGGCCAAACAUGAAUCUGUUUGGCAGGGUUUAGUUCAUGAUGCAAAGAUGCGUCAUUGUUUCUUUAAUGCUGAUGAAGAAAAGGGAUUGGCUAAAGCUAUAUUUGAUGCCAGGAAAGAGUUUGGUCAGCUUGAUGACUUGCUUAAUCCCGAUAGUGUUCUAUUCAAGAAUGCCAGGUGGAAGGUUCUUUUCAGUGAUAACUUCAGAAAGUCAUUUGGGAAGGUGAAAUCUGCCCAGACUCAGAAAUCAGUUUUAAACCUUCUGUUAAAACUUUCCUGCGGCUGGCGGCCUAAGAACAGAAAUGUGGAUUUAAUUUGUGAAAGCUCUUCUAUGGUCUUGAAACAAUUUAAGUUUGAAGGUCUUUAUAUUGUCUGCUCAAUUGAUGUAGUGAAGGAACAGAGGUACACUCAAGUAUUGAAGGCUUGGGAUCUUUUGCCAUUAGAGGAUAUUGUUGGAACAAUGGCAGCAGCAAAAAGAAACAGAAGUUGCAAAACAGAAUUUGCAAAACUGAAGCAAGAAGUAUCGAAGCAAAAAAGAACAAGCAAAGCAAAAACAGUGAACAAAAUGAAUAUUCAGCAAUUUGUAACUGAACACUACUAUCUUUCAUUCAAAAUUUGAAUAUAUAAAAGAGUUACAAAUUUGAUUCA